AGCUGUCUGCCUGCUGCAGAGAUGGUGCAAGCGACUCCCUUCAUCCUGGUGCUCAGCCUGGGCCUGGUGGUUCCCGGCCUCUCUACCAGAAAGUGCACGCUGACUGGGAGCUGGAUCAAUGACCUGGGCUCCAACAUGACCAUCGGGGCCAUGAACAGAAAAGGCGAAUUCACUGGCUCCUAUCACACAGCCGUGACUGCCACCACAAAUGAGAUCCAGUUGUCACCACUGCAGGGAUCCCAGCACCGUACAAACCAGAAGAGCCAUCCCACCUUCGGCUUCACUGUCAACUGGAGUUUUUCAGACUCUGUCACUGUCUUCACGGGCCAGUGCUUUGUGGACGAGGAGGGAAAGGAGGUUUUGAAGACCAUGUGGCUCCUGCGGUCACACGUGGACAAUAUCAAGAAUGACUGGAAAGCCACCAGGGUCGGCACCAACGUCUUCACCCGCCUGCACUCGCAGAAGGAGUAAGGGUGUCAGCGCGGGGGUUCCCGGG